AUGACUGCUAAGGAUGCAGCUAUACAUGGAUGCGAGAUUGAGGGACAAGCAGGACUGAUAGUCAGUCCAGUUUCUCAUGCCGUCCGUGGAAUCGCGACCGUCCACAAUACACUCCGCAAUUUGUGGCAGAAAGUUGUGGCAUUGAGUAGGAGGCUCGAAAACCGUGUAUAUCUCCUUGUCGCCUGGUGGCGACGCAGUGUCGUGCGCGCGUCCGGCCUGGGCCUGACCAUCCACUCGGUUGGCGGCGGCGAUGCUGGUCGCUAUCACUGCGUCAUUACUCGAUUCGGGAAACAGCCGACGCGCUCCGAGAGUGGACCGCCGCUGCGGCUCGUCGUCAACGCCACACCCAAAGUGAUAUCGCCUACAAAUCAUCAAAUAAGCUACAGCAAGAUCGGCGAUUCUCUCUCUAUAGAGUGCAGAGCAGAAGGUGUACCUCCACCGGAGAUAACUUGGUUGAAGGAUGGGAAAAUUGUCAAUACUGGAUCCGUCUUGAACAUAACAAACCUGGAAAAACACCAUGAGGGUCACUAUCAUUGUUUAGCUGUGAAUGUGGAAGGAAAAGCGAAAUCACAGAUUGAACUCAGAUUUUCCAAAGUGCCAACAUUUGAUUUUGUGCCAACAAACAAGACAGUCGUCCAAGGAUCAAACGUCUUUUGGCGCUGUCAGGCAGAUGCCCAGUCGGAAAAUGUACAUUAUUCGUGGACUUUCGGUGGUCAGCCUGUGAAAACAACAGAAACUGGCUUGAGAGCCGAAGUGAAGGAGGGUGAUUUUUCGCUCCGAGAUGUGAGAAAGGAGGAUCGCGGAUACUACGAAUGCAUCGCUCAAAGUCCAUCUGGAGAACGCUCUCAAGUUUCAGCAUUUCUCGAUGUUUUGUACCCUCCUCUAGCGCUACCGUCGCAUCGACAAGUGCUCACAAUUGGAUAUGGGCAGAAUGGAACGAUUCAAUGUGCAGUGGAUGCGAAUCCGGCUCCUAGUCAUUACAUGUGGUCAAAGAAUGGACAUUUUCUGUUAAAUACUGCUGAGAGCUCGCUUCUGAUAAAAGCCGAAAGCGACAGCGACGGAGGAAUUUUUGGUUGCCAAGCUGAAAAUUCCGUGGGAAGAAGUAGUAUACUAGAAACACACGUGGUAAUAGCUGAGCCACCUGUCUUCAUAAAACAACCACCUCCCGAGUUGCGAGUAUUUGAAGGUGCACCAGCUGAAGUAGUUUGCGAUGGAUUUGGCGAUCCUCUUCCGAUAGUUUACUGGAUCCAUUCCAAGAGACGAAUAUCUUCGGCGGUGUUGUCGUUUGCAUCCGUCUCUUUCAGCGAUCACGGUACCUACGAAUGCGUUGUUAGUAAUGCUGUGUCAUCAAUAUCAAGUACUAUGAAGCUCAUCGUAGAUAGGACGAGACCACAAUCGGCAGUAAUUGAAAAUGUCGAAUGCAUGGGUGACGAAGCAAUGACUGUGAGCUGGACGCCAGGUUUCAACGGCUCUUACGCCCAAUCCUUUAUCUUGCACUAUUCAUCCGACGACGAUCCAUUGGGCAAGAGCCUUCUCACAACGUCAACUACUGCAACGAUUGGAGACUUGAAAGCUUUUUCGAAGUACAGAAUUCACGUGGAAAGCCGGAAUCAGAAAGGAUCUACGAAUUCUACAGCGGUCGAAAAACACGUUUGUUCUACUCUGCCAUCGCCAACGAAUUUAAGACUCAGCCGCCCUGAUGAACUGCGCUGGGAUCCAGUCGCUGUAGCCAUGUCUUACCGGGUAGAAUCGCGCUACGACAAGAUGUCUGCAUUUGAACGAGUUGGUGAAGUGUUGGACCCAGUUUUCGAGCUGCGACCUGACUUCCGACUGGGUCGAAGUUUUCGCGUCCGUAGCCUUAGGGACCCUUAUGAACCCAGCAUGCCAAGUGAAACCUUAACUCUUGGAUCCUACGGAUAUGGGCCUCCAUCAAUGUGGUGGGCAGUUUUUGGUGGAUUUCUCUUCUUCUUCUUGUUCACAAUUCUCUAUUUGUACUCGAAGUAUGGUAAAUACUUGAACCGCCGACAUAAAAAGAACAAACAGUUCAACGAUUACGUGUGCUCAACCUCAUUCCAGCAGCGUUCGGAAACUGUUUACGCCGAAUCCAUAAAUCCCACUGAAGACACACGGUUAGGCCAUUGGCACGAUUACAAAGAUGAGAACUUCAUACAGCAUCAAUCUCAGGAAUUACUCGAUUACGGAUAUGCGGAAGACUCGAACUCGAUGGUGCACGAUAUGUUGCGAGACAAGUACAUGUAUGGAGCUGAUGACGUACCCGUACAACUCAUGAAUGAUCUUCGUAUUGAAAAGCUUCGGCGAGAAUUCAAACAGUCACAACUUUGAUCUCAAAUUACGCAGUCUUUGCAUGAAUACGUGUGCAUUUGAAUUUAAUCAAUCUGCAAAUUGUCUGUAUAAAAUUGUAUGCUUGGAUGC